CUACUUCACAAUACAAUAUUAUCCAUUCGACGAGAUCAACUGUCCAAGUGCAUCCCGAUUAUUGGUUCACCUUUAUCAACCGAUUGUUGAACGUUAUUUUGAAAACUGACUUUUUAAAAAUUUUCAAAUUUCAAGAAAUUGAGUGGUGGUUAUUGAAGCGCAAAGUUUUUUAGAUGAUGAGAUUGUGGAUAACAAUCGAACACAGCUAUCUUGAAGUUUCUUAGAUGAUGAAAUUGUAGAUAACAUUUGAACACAGUGGUAGAGAAUCCGUGUUUGCAAGUCUCUCAUAAUUAUUGAUGAUUUCUCUGAAUGCCAAUGAUUUGCAUUCAGAGGAGUCUAUUUGAGAAUACAUAAUACAUAAUGAGUGAUAAUAGCUUGCAGAAACGCAGUAGUUUUAGAACAAGGUCGAAGGCUAGAUACAGACGAACUAGUCGCGAUUUGAGUGUCGGAGAAGGAGGAACAGAGAUGGGGAAGCCGAAGACGGAUGGAGUGACAAAGGAGAGGAAGGGCAAGAGGGAGAGAUGGCUGCUGACAAGGAAAACAUGGCGGUACAUGGCGGAUGCUGGGCGAAAGUUGAUUCCCGACGGUGCACUAAACAGAGCCGACGAUGUGCCCAAGAUCGAGGCCUACUUCCAGGAGGUGUGUCACCGGGAACCCAGGUUCCUGCUGUGGAGGAAGCAGUCGUACCCGGGUGCGCUGGGGUUCAGGGCGCGCGGGCGGAGUCGCGGGGGGCGCCGGAAGAAAGGAGGCAGUUGUCGCGACAAGACUAGCUCAGCUGACGAGGCGGAUGAUCUGAGACAACAACAAGAGAAAGAAGCAAAGACUUCCACUGAUGAUCCCUCCUUCAAAAAACUUGUCACCCGCCCCUCCCUCCUUCAACUGAAACAGGAAUUCUUGUUUGGACGUAAAGAAUCUCCCCCAGAAACCACUUCACCCAAAGAUGCAUUAAUCGAAAAUGUUCUCUGUCAUUUCGAUGAUGGAACCUCAUCUAAAGCACUGGACCACCAAGAGCUCCUUGAUCGUCUCACUGCCCAUCUAGCUAGUAUUGAAUUGAAAGAGUCUCAACAAUCUAGAUCAGACUCGUAUAGUGUAGAUACUACCCAAAAACAACUCAUAGAAACUAUGAGAAGGUAUUACAGCAAGUCCACUAACAGGGAUAAGGUGAUAAGUGAUAUAUUGACUGAUAGGAAGCUCCUUCACAAGAUGUAUUUUGAGCUGAGACGUGCUAGAGGGGGGUGCCACAUCAAGGGAUUUGAUGGUGGAGAUGGUAGAGGGAUACUGAAAUCAAGAUCUAGAACAGGGAUGAACUUGUCAGGGGCUGGACCCAGUGGCUGGAGUGGUUCAGGUGCAUUCAGGAGGGCAUUCAACCCCAGUUUGUCCAACUUCCCUGGUUCCUCAGGAUGGAAAUACUCAGAGUUUGACGAGGGUGAUGAGGAGAACGACGAGGCAUCCCCUUGGAGCAGUCCUCCCCAGAGCGACACUCCCCUCUCCGGGGACAUGGAUUACGGCACACAAACAGACCCCAUCACAGAGCAGAUGAUGGCCGGUAUAGAUGAGGAGGUGAGACGCCAAGAGGAGGCACAGAGGGUUGCCCAACAAAAGGAGGCUGCACAGAAGUCGGGUGGGGGGAGUGGUAGUGGUGGGAGGAGGAGUAGUCUCAACCAUGAUGAUGUCUCACAAUCUGUGAGUGAUACCAUUAAAAGGUACCUGAGGAUGGCUAGGAAAAAGAGUAUGGACUCUGAUAAAGCGGACAGGUUUAAGAGGAUUAAUUAUGAUCAAACCCUGAGGGACAUCAAGGCGAAACCAGAGGACCCAAUCAGUAAGGAUGAAGAUCAGGAUAAGGGUGUACAGACAGAUCUGUCCUGGGUGUCUGCGAUUAAAUCCUUGAAACUGGUGUAUGUAGAGGAGGAUGCACCUUCGGAGGUGUCUUCCCCACCACCAGCUACCAAGUCCCUGUUGUCGUCAGGUCAGAUGUUUCUGUCGAAUCUGCUUCACGGUCUGCAGCAUUCAUCAUCCUCUUGUUCUGUUGUCGCAGCUGCCGCCGGGUCCAUGCAGAAAUCCAAGUCGUCUUCAUCUGUCGUGCAGCAGGGCACGCGACUUGUGGCCCGCAAGGUGUGGAAAGGCCGCUCCAAGAGCCAAACGCGUGCCACGCCUGCCGCCACGUCUACAUGGACGCCGCAG